AUGCACGAUCGUCGCAUACCCUUGGAUGUACCGCUUCUUGAUGCUUGGAGCAGCCACACAGACGUAUGGAAUGCGCUGAUUCGUGCGCGUGUAAUGAAAGGCGAUAUAGUUGGCGCUCGUAUAUGGCUAGAGCGCUUUCGUCUAGUGACAUCCGAGUCUUUCGCUCCUAUCUUGCGCACUACAUACUCAUGCCUACCCCCUAUCAAGAGUGCGUCUCCGUAUUUGACAUUGAUGCACAGUAUGUCGACGUCGCAAGGAAUUCAUCAUUUGCUCGCACAUGUAUCUCGAGCUGAGCGUGCGCGUCUCGAACGCCAUGCAACAUCUCUCGAUGCGCCGUUCAAAACGGCAGCUAUUUACGAUGUCUUGGAUGCAGUGCGACAAGACGGAGUGGUGCCUGGUGUCGCCCUCCUCAACUUUCUUGCAAGCUUUGAGGCAGGAUGUGGACGUGUUGAGCGUGGUGCAUCGCUAGUCCUGCAGGCUCUUUCGCUGGAACGUGGACCCGCGUUUGCCUUCAAGCGGACACACCCACAGACGUUAGACUCGCGGCCGCCUGCCCCAACGCUUGGCUCACGCCUGCACAUUUCAUCUGUGUCGGUGCUCUGUAUAUUGCAUGCAGCAGAAGCCCAGCGUGUUGCCUCACUUGAAAAGGCGAGGAUGCACAUGCCCAGCAUCACGACCGCACCGAUAAGGACGACAGCUUUGCAACCAUUAGCCUGUACACCAUUUCCUUCUCCCUCCAUGAGCAGCAGUCAUUUGAACGUGUCGACCAUGCGGGGUGUGCUUGCGCACUGCAUGGAACUUGUGGAAAGUCCCAAGCGCCCUUCGAGCGCCAAGCGCCAAGCUGCAUCGUGGUUAGCGAAGAAAGGAUCGAACCUACUCAAUGACAUGCUGCGAGCCAUGUUAUUUGUGAACGACUUUCCUGGUGCCUGGUACACGAUCGGUCUCUAUCGAAAAUGGGGUAUAACGCCCAACGCAUACACGCAUCUCGCUUUGUGGCAGCGGUUCUCGCACACACAUUUCUUCACGCACGACUUGUCGUUACCAACCGCUACGAUCGAGGCUAUGCGGACCACUUUACAGCAUGUGAUUGAACAGCAAAUGCAUGAGCUCAUACGGAGUGAAAAGAUCGAGACGCCGGUCUGGGCGGCCCUAUGCCAAGAACAAUGUGCAUCGGCUGGGUAUGCGAUGCACCAAAUUGAGUGGGAUGCUCUCCAGCGACUCAUGUGA